CGCACGCACUAUUUGCCCAAGCGGCAUCAGUUCCCUUCCGAAGCGCUCGCGAGUGCGUCUGUGGUGCGGUGCGUCGCGCGCAGCCUGGAGAGCGAUGCCACAGAGCCCCGCGCAGCUGGCCACGCGAACAUGGAUCUCCGCAGAGUGCUGGGCUCGGUGCUUUGGAUAUUACUGCUCAACAUAGAAGGAGACUGUCACGCCGAGGAAGCAAGGCGAGGGAGGGCCCGAGUGGUGCUGCUGAAUUCUAAAGAGACUCAGGCGGAGCUGGGCUGGACGUCCUAUCCCCCCAACGGAUGGGAGGAGAUCAGCGGCGUGGAUGAGAAGUACAAACCAAUCCGGACGUACCAGGUGUGCAACGUGAUGGAGCCCACGCAGCAGAACAACUGGCUGCAGACGGGCUGGGUGGCGCGUCGAGGCGGCCAGCGCAUUUUUGUGGAGCUCCAGUUCACGCUGCGCGACUGCAACAGCAUCCCCGGCGUGGCCGGCACGUGCAAGGAGACCUUCAACCUUCUGUACGUGGAGACGGACCGGGACCUCGGCGGCGUGACCCGCGAGGACCGCUACACCAAGAUCGACACCAUCGCGGCGGACGAGAGCUUCACGCAGGGCGACCUGGGCGAGCGGAAGAUGAAGCUGAACACGGAGGUGCGCGAGAUCGGCCACCUCAACCGCAAGGGCUUCCACCUGGCCUUCCAGGACGUGGGCGCCUGCGUGGCCCUGGUGGCCGUGCGGGUGUACUACAAGCGCUGCCUGGCCACCGUGCAGAACCUGGCGGUGUUCCCCGACACGGUGGCCGAGGCGGCCUUCGCCACGCUGGUGGAGGUGCGCGGCGCCUGCGUCAACAACUCCGAGGUCGACGCCGACAGCCCUCCCAGGAUGCACUGCAGCGCCGAGGGGGAGUGGCUGGUGCCAAUCGGCAAGUGCAGCUGCAGCGCCGGCUACGAGGAGGGACACAGCAGCUGUGAAGCGUGUCCCCGGGGGUCCUACAAGAUGUCCUCCAGGCAGCAGGAGUGUUUUCCCUGUCCUGCCAAUAGUGUAUCAGAGGAGGAAGGAUCUGUGGUGUGUGUGUGUGAGGAGGACCACUUCAGAACCCCCCUGGACACACCCUCGGCCCCGUGCACAAGGCCUCCCUCCCCGCCCAGAGAACUGCUCUACACCUUGAAACAGUCCACGCUGAUCUUGGAGUGGGCGGCGCCGUCGGACGCGGGGGGCCGGGUGGACCUGACCUACAGCGUGGGCUGCCGGAGGUGCGUGGGCCGGCAGUGCGAGCCGUGCGGGGCGAGCGUCGGCUUCGUGCCGCAGCAGGUCGGCCUGACGGAGAGAACGGUGACCGUGGUCAAUCUCCUCCCCAACACCAACUACACGUUCUCCGUGGAGGCCUUGAACAGCGUGUCGGAGCUGCUGCCCAGCAAGAGGUUCUACACGCAGGUCAACGUGUCCACAAGUCUGCCGGCGCCGUCUCUGAUCAGCGAACUGCGAGCAGAGAAGAUCGAGCAGAAGAGCAUAACGUUGGUGUGGAGGCAGCCGUCUUACCCCAACAGCAGCCGCACCGAGUACGAGGUCAAGUAUUACGAGAAGGAACAAAAGGAUCAGAGUUAUUCUACCGUGAAGACGGCCGCCACGCGGAUCUGCGUCAACAACCUCAAGGCUGGCACCACAUACGUCUUCCUCAUCCGCCCUUUCUCCACGCCGGCCCCCUCCUCUCCCCUGUCCUCCUCCCCUCUGUCAUCCGCCUCCGCGUCCUCUUCCGCCAAUUCCUCCUCGGCGUCCUCCUCCUCCUCCUCCUCUCCGCCUCCCAUCGACUACGGGGCGUACAGCGCUCCCCUGGAGCUGCAGACACUUGGCGAGCUGGCGCUGGCGUCCAGCGAACAGAGUCCCGUGGUGAUCAUCGUGGUGGUGUCCGUGGCCGCUCUGAUCGUGCUGCUCUCCAUGGGACUUGGCCUGCUCAUCUGGAGGAGCAGCGUCUGCUCGAGCUCCUCCAAUGUAACUCCUGCUAGCGUGGUGCUGCUUUCGACCUCCUUCUCCACUCUUCCUCCUCCUCCUCCUCUUCUUUCUCCUCUUCCUCCCUUCACACAGCUGAUGCCCAGACAAUGUGGCUACAGCAAAGCCUCUCAAGAGGGAGACGAGGAACUUUACUUCCAGUUUAAGAUCCCCACCCGAAGGACCUACAUCGACCCGGAGACCUGCGAUGACCUGCUGCAGGCCGUGCACGCCUUCGCCAAAGAGCUGGACAACUCCAGCAUUAAGAUAGAGAGAAUAGUGCACACAGGCGACUUCGGGGAAGUAUGCCGCGGCUGCCUGAAGCUCCCCAGUAAGAGAGAGCUACCGGUGGCCAUAAAGACAUUACGGGCCGGCUGCUCCGAAAAACAGCGGCGCUCUUUUCUCAGCGAGGCCGGCAUCCUGGGGCAGUUCGACCACGGCAACAUUAUCCGGCUGGAAGGCGUCAUCACAACCGGUAACACCAUGAUGAUCAUCGUGGAGAGCAUGUCAAACGGGGCCUUAGAUUCCUUCCUCAGGAAACACGAAGGCCAGUUGAGCGUAAUGCAGCUGAUGGAUAUGCUGACCGGUGUGGCCUCGGGGAUGAAGUACCUCACCGAUAUGGGCUUCAUCCACAAACGGCUGGCCGCACACAAGGUGCUGGUUAACUCUAACCUGGGCUGCAAGGUGUCCGGCUUCAGACCUCUUCAGGAGGACAAGAUAGAGACCAUCUACACCUCGCAGCACGGAGGGAAGAGCGUGGUGCUGUGGACCGCUCCAGAGGCCAUCCAGUACCACCGCUUCUCCUCGGCCUCAGAUGUCUGGAGCUUCGGCAUUGUCAUGUGGGAGGUCAUGUCCUAUGGAGAGAGACCCUACUGGGAUAUGGGCAACCAGGACGUGAUUAAGGCCAUCGAGGACGGCUUCAGGCUGCCGGCUCCCGUCAACUGCCCUCCACAUCUCCACCAGCUGAUGCUGGACUGUUGGCAGAAGGAGAGGACGGAGAGGCCCAGCUUCAGCCAGAUCCACUCGGCCCUCAGCAAGAGCAUUCGCUCCCCCGAUGGCAUCGGUUCCUCCACGCUGGCCCGCAGAACCCUGCAGAGUUCAUCCAUUACCAUAGCAGAGAGGCCUCUGCCCUCCUUCCCGUCCUUCAACUCGGUGGGAGAGUGGCUGGACGCAGUGGACAUGGGCCGAUACAAGGACAACUUCACUGCUGCAGGCUACUGCUACUUGGAGUCUGUGGCCCGGAUGACUGUACAAGAUGUACUGAGUCUUGGCAUCACUUCCCUUGAGCACCAGAAGCUGAUCCUGGCUGCCAUCCAGACCCUCAGAGCCCAGGUCAUCCAAAUGCACGGCCGCGGUGUGCAGGUCUAACGGGAGAGAGAGAGUGAGAACGGGAGAGCGAGAGAGCGAGAGAGGGAGAGAGAGAGAGAGAGGGAGAGCGAGUGAGCGCGAGAUUCUUUUCUGCGAGCAGUGCGCUCGUCACAUUUGAGGGAUAGCAGAGGGGUCACCUGACUGUUUAGUGACCUCUGUAUGUAUUUCGAUAUCUCCACCUCCCUGGCUCUGGAUCAGUCGGCCCGAGGCUGACCUUUGAGCGGGAGGCGACGGGUGCUCGUAUUGGACGUAUUGAAUGGAUUUUCCCCUUACGGCCGCAUUGAGUCACUAAAAACUCCAAGUCGCCAAAGCCAGGAGCGACUGCACUUGUAGCGGGUGGAAUUGCUCUCCUCUUACAACAGUCGGCUGAUUUUAGCAGGAGAUGAUUUUACCGAGCAGAUACAGGAUCAUAUCAUCGUACGUAGGAGGUCUCUCAUCCGAUGAAAAAAACAUUUUUGAAAUGAGCUCAAACAUGGCUGCACUAGCAGAAAGACUGUGCGGUCCCACGACGGGGGUCCGGUGUGUGAGGUGAGCUGAUGUCAUGAACACAGCUGCUGUAGGUCAUGGGGGACGAUAUGCUGGACUUUCAGGAGCAAUCUUUUUGAUUGUUCUUAAUCUGUGGUUUGUUGUCCUUUUCACUACAUCCACUCAUAGUUACUUAGUCCUACAUAGUCCUUUAUAUCCAGUUAUUUUCUGUUGUUCCCUACUGUUCCCUUUAGCCCGCUGAUUGUCAUCUCAGUAAAAAAAUAAUCCUCCUCCAAAGCCUCUCUCACUACCAUGUUUAAUACUCUGGAAGAUGACCCGCUUCAAAUAUUUAUUUAUGUUUACAGAUUGUAAAAGACCCUCUGCAGAAAAGAGCACAGGGGGGUUUAUUUAACUUAGUGUAUAAAAAAAGACAAACAAAAGAGUUAUGUCCUCUAGUUUUGUUCCUGUUUAGUCAUUUUGUUUUCAUAUGGCGAGUUUAUAGCUGAACAAAUGAGUCGUUUGUACACAGGAAGUGGAAGGAACACUGGAGGGUUUUUACUGGCCGCACACAGUAUCUGUGUAUUCAAUACUGAGGUUGGUACAGUUCAGUUUAGGUCCAUUUAAUUGGAUUUUCUGUACACAAUACAAUGUGUGUGUGUGUGUGUGUGUGUGUGUGUGUGUGUGUGUGUGUGUGUGU